AAGUAUUUUUGCCAGUUCCCUUCUUGAUCCCGGAGUUUUCGUAAUAAGGCUGAACAAGUUAUUGAGAUUCUGAAAUAAUGGCAGCAUUCACCGGGACUUUGGACAAAUGCAAGGCUUGUGACAAGACCGUUUAUUUUGUCGAUUUGUUGUCUGCUGACGGAGCUACUUUCCAUAAGUCUUGCUUCAAAUGCAGCCAUUGCAAAGGAACCCUUGUGAUGAGCAACUACUCCUCCAUGGAUGGAGUUCUGUACUGCAAGACUCAUUUCGAACAGCUUUUCAAGGACUCGGCGCAUUUUACCAAGAAUUUCCAAACUUCAGCAAAGCCAGAAAGGGAAAAUUCACUCACAAGGGCACCUAACAAGCUCUCUGCCAUGUUCUCUGGCACACAAGACAAAUGCCCUGCUUGCGACAAAAUUGUCUACCCUCUCGAAAAGGUGACUAUGGAGGGAGAGUCAUUCCACAAAUCAUGCUUCAAAUGUGCUCAUGGGGGGUGCCCCCUUACACACUCAUCCUAUGCUGCACUUGAUGGAAUACUAUACUGCAAAGUCCAUUUCCAGCAGCUUUUCAUGGAGAAGGGAAAUUACCAACAUGUCCUCAACUCCACCAAUCACAAGAGGGGCCUCUCGAUGGAGACCGUUGAGGCAGAGGAUUCCGAGGGCUCUGACAAGCCAAAGGAGCACGAUGACCAUGACGACAACGAGAAGGGGGCGGAUGCCCCCGACGCGAAAUCUGACGACGAGUCCGACAAGGCACAAGAACAAUCCUAAAAAGUAUUUUGGGUUUAUAAAAAAAUAAAAAGUAUUUCGGGUUUUUCCCGUUUUUUUUAAUGGCCUUACAUAUUAUGGAGGUUUUCUGAGUUUUCAUAUGAAUUUGUUAUCUUUUGUUUGAAUGUUUAGUUCUUGAUACAUAAAUCUGAUGUAAUUUCCCUUUUCAUUUUUUUGUGUGUAAUUAUGUGUCAUAGUAUUCAAGAAGUUGUAUUCCUUAAUAACAUCAUAAACACUUUUGUACAAUUUGUUGUUCUUUAUUGUAUUAUCAUGCAUGAUUCACACCAUAAAAAU